AUGUCGAGUCGGGGGUUGGCCCUGGCGCGAAUGGCGGCAGCGGUGGCGGUGUGGAUGGGGCUUGCGGGCGUGCUGGCGGGGCUGGUGGCGUGGAGGGUGCAGAAGGGCUUCGACGACAAUCGCAAGGCGGAGCUCGACACCUGGUGCGCCGGUCGCGCGCGCUCGCUGCAGCAGCAGUUCAUGCUCACCGCCGACCACGUGCAGCCUCCUCAGUCAGUGCACCAAGAAGCUCCGUCACACGGUUCACGCUGGACGUGCCCACUCGUCAUGCCCUGCCCUCCCAUGCCCCCCCCCAUGUGCCGCCCAUGCGCCGCCCAUGCGCCCCCCAUGCGCCGCCCAUACGCCCCCAUGUGCCGCCCAUACAUCCAUCAGGUGCUGGCGGGGCUGGCAACAGUGUUUGGCGGCGUGCGGCAGAACCCCUGGGCGGUGGGCAGCUGCCUCACGCAGCGGCGCUUCGUGCACCUGGUGGAGCGCACAGUGGCGGCACAGCCAUGGGUGCACGCCGUGGGGUACAUGGCCGUCAUCAACGGCUCUGACAGGGCGGCCUUUGAGCAGAAGGCGCAGUGCAAGCUGUUGGACAUUCUGGGCAAGCCGGCCCCGGAGGCGGAUUGGUACAUGAACUCGCGCGUGUGGUUCCAGGAGAACCCGCUGCUGCCGAUGCUGGAAGGGGCGUCCGUGUGCAUCAACGUGCGCACGCACCCCUCGUACGGCCCCCAGCUCUCCCACAUGCACGAGCUGGCAGCCAACCUGCUUAGCAUGCCCUACGUGCUCGACAACGGGGAGGCUGGCAUGGGCAUGGGUUUUCCAAUCUUUAAAGACGGAGUCACGACCUCCUCGCCGCUGGAGGAGAGGCGGGCGGCGCUGGUGGGGCUGAUAGCGGCGUCCAUCGACUUCAAGAGCCUCGCCGCUUUCAUCAUCAAUGAAGUGCUCCGCCAAGGUAACGUGCUGCUUAAGAGAAUAGAAUAUUUUAACUAG